UCUCUUUCUCUCUACCUGUCGCUGUGGCUCUCUCUCUCUCUCUCUCUCUCUCUCUCUCUCUCUCUCUCUCUCUCUCUCUCUCUCUCUCUCUCUCUCUCGUGCGCGCUUACUCAGUCUUUCAAAAAACAGGGAGUCAAAUACUUUGUCUGACUGUUGUGUGUGAUAGUGGGACAUUAUUUCAACUACAUCUCCUUUUCCGUGCUUUGGAAAUCUUCCUGUGUUUUUGGUAUAGCUGCCGUUUGUUUUGUUUUUUAAAUUUCAACAUCUACCUGAUCACAUUUUUGCUGUUGCUGUUUGACAACCUGCACAGAGCAGGGUCACCCAAGAAUGUCAGUCUCCCAAAACCCCUCCAGUGGCUUUGAAGCCAUAUUUUCUACUCUACAGAAUGCAGAGGAUGACGAGAGCACCCUAAAUGUUCUCAAUAUCCUGGAUGAACUCCUGUCUGCAGGUACUGAUCAUCGUAUUCACUACAUGAUCAGUAAAGGUGGAAGUGAAGCCUUGCUCAGUGCACUGAUCAAGAAUGGCAGCAGGUCCAGCCCCGACUACACCAUUCUGCUGCCUAUACUAUACCUCGUAGCCAAAGUAGGACAAAAAGACUGUCAUAUAGGUAAAAAAGCUGAGGAGGCUGGAGCUGUUCUACUGACUUUAAACCUACUCAAAAACAACAUUCAACAUGCCGGGAGGGCUGAAGCAUACCUCAACGUCAUCCAAGUUUUUGCUGGAUCAGUUUCCACAUCAAAACAUAUUGGAUCAAACCAAGGGCUGGAUGUCGUCUACAACCUUAUCCCUCACUAUACCAUCAAGAAUCGGCAAACAAUUAAGGCAUCCAUUAUUGCAUUCGCUGCUCUGCUUUCCUCAAAAGAUAACAUCUGCUCAGCAGUGACCAAGGGUUAUGUGUCUGGUCUCUUACUGCUGUAUGAUGACUGGCACAGUAAGGACACUAAUCACUCUGCCACUGACAUCCUCCAGGCACUGCUGCAUUGCUUUUGUAAAAUUGCACGCAGUGCUCUGGGCAGAGACAAUUUAGUGUCCCAUGGAGGCAUACGACUUCUUUAUCAUACUACUCAGACAUACUUGUUGAAUAAAUGUCAGGAGUUGCUGAUAGAGUCAUCUGUUCAGCUAAUGAGAAGUUGCCUGCCUAAAACCCGUCUACCACUGACAUCAGAUCAAUCCGCAUACCUCUUCCCCUUGCCUGGAAGACAACAUGACGAUCUUGAUAUGGUUGCAACUUCAGAUGAGAGCAAUGGUGAUGAUGAUGAUGAUAAAGUGGAGGACGAUUACCAAGAGGCUCAGAGCAAAGACUAUGAUAACGACUUGGAGACUGAUUUGAACACACUUUGUCUUCGUCCUGCCACAGACAGACCCAAAGAGCUUUUGCUGCAAUACAGCCGUCUCUGUCCAGAACUCUCACAUGACUUCCUGGAGGAGCUGGAUUUGAAUUCACAAGAGAGUUCAUCAUCAUCUUCAUCUGAUGACGAAACUGGGCAUUGCAAUCGUUUACCUUUUGACUCCUCCAGGCCGGAAAAAAAAACUCCUGAGUUUCUGUCCCAGACAGAAAAAGGCACAUCAGAUCAAACCAAAUCAGCUCCUUGCCCGUUAAAGGUCAAAGAUUUCUACAGUCAUACUGGUAUUAACACCAGAUCUGGUGGAACCAAGACUGGAGAGACAAGGGAAGAGGCCAACUCAUGUCUGACAGAUGAUGAACAGAAAAAUAAGAAUGAGGGAAAUGGAAAAUGUUAUAAUUCUCCUAUGACAGAUUUAAUCGAUAUACAUAAUCAUGACAUCCCCUACCAUGAACCCAGUAUGUAUCGUGCUGCCGCCAUGAAAACAAAAUCUGUCCCAGGAUUCAGCACGCUUGCUUUUCCUGAUUUUUGGGGUCAAGUCCCACCACCUGGAAAUGAACCCAUGGCUCCACGCAAGCCCAACAUCCAGAGGCAGAAAGUGCUUGAAGAUAUCCAACGUUUCUUGAAUACCGAUAUCAUCAACCAAGUGGUCUUUGAUUUGGAAGAUGAGUGUUUGUGGUUUCCACUUGCCAAACCAGACUCCUUGAGAUUCUUUUCCAGUUUUGAAUGCGGCAACCUGAGAAAGGCUAUUCGCGUUCGCAGAUACGAAUAUGACCUAAUAUUGAAUGCAGAUGCCAACUGUUCCCAGCACACUCAGUGGUUUUAUUUUGAAGUCAGUAACAUGGUGCCCGAUGUUCCCUACCGUUUCAAUAUCAUCAACUGUGAGAAGAGCAACAGCCAGUUCAACUACGGAAUGCAGCCAGUGCUUUACUCAGUACGGGAUGCAUUAAAUGGCAAACCCCAAUGGUGCAGGUCUGGGACAGAAAUUUGCUAUUUCAGAAACCACUUCUGUCCCGUUCGUGGUCGACUGAGAACAACAUUUUAUACACUAACAUUCACCAUCACCUUCAAAUACAGUGAGGAUGUCUGUUACCUGGCCUACCAUUACCCUUAUACAUACUCUGCUCUAAGGGCUCAUCUGCGUUUGCUGAAUAGAUCAGUUGAUCCCAGUAAGGUGUUUUUCCGAGAACAGGUUCUUUGUCCUACUCUUGCUGGCAAUGCUUGCCCAUUUGUCACCAUCACUGCAUGUCCUCCCAGCAAGAGCUAUACAGAUAUUCACCAGCUGCGUAACCGCCCUUGCAUUGUGCUGUCAAGUCGUGUCCAUCCCGGUGAAUCCAAUGCCAGCUGGGUAAUGAAAGGCACCCUAGAGUUUCUAUGCAGUCAUGAUCCAAUAGCCCAGGCAUUGAGAGAGACAUUUGUCUUCAAGAUCAUCCCCAUGCUAAACCCAGAUGGAGUGAUUAAUGGAAUGAAUCGCUGUGACCUGAACAGAGAUGACUUGAAUCGUCAGUGGUGUAAACCAGACCCUGUUCUCUGUCCAACAAUCUACCAUACCAAAGGCUUCCUCUCCUACCUCAGUAGUAUUAGACGGACUCCCUUGGUCUUCUGUGACUAUCAUGGCCACUCUCGAAAAAAGAACGUUUUUUUGUAUGGCUGCAGUAUAAAGGAAACUUUAUGGCAAUCAGGUUCUACAUUUGACACAGCAGCACUGAAAGAAGACCCUGGAUAUAGAGUGGAAAAAUCUCGUUCUGCCACUGCCCGAAUCGUUGUCUGGAAAGAAUUGGGCGUGCUGAGAAGUUAUACCAUGGAAAGCACUUACAAUGGUUUUAACCAGGGAAUAUACAAGGGUCUUCAGACAAGAACCAGGGAGCUCGAAGAAAUGGGAAUGAAAUUUUGCCACAGUCUGCUCUCCCUGACUGUAGAUACAAGGGCCCUUUACGGCAGAAGUCUUAUCAACCACAUGAAUCCGGGACAUAACGUCCUUGAUCAUAAGUCACACAAGCAAGGAUUUGAAUUGGAUCUAAAAGGAUGCAUGGCCAACACUUGUGCAGAGGAUGGCGCUGAAGGACAAAGGACAGAAAAUAAAACAGCAAGAUGGUGUCAUUCAUUCACCACAGUCAAGUCGCCUGCUCCCUCAUCUAAUAACACAGAUGUUUACUGAAACUCAAGAUGAAAAAAGUGUGCUCAUGUGACCCUUGCCAAUGGGACCCCGGUCUGAUCUGAGCUACAGUACUAGCACGCUAUUAACUGUAUCUUAGCUUUCAUUACUCAACUGAGUUUGCUCACUUAUUAAAGUUCAAUCUGAUACUAUGACAUGACCCUUGUGUAACACUAGCCAGAUACUGUAAUUGUGCCUCCACUAUUCCACUCACUUAAGGUGCAUGAUCUUCGCCUCACUAAAUAUUUAAAUAAUUUGGGUCUGCUAUAUUGUCAUGGUCACUGUCAUAUUUAUUGAUCUACAUUAGAUUUUUUUAGAUACUUUCUGUUGCAGUAACACAAGAAAUUUGAAUUUGUGUGUGAAUAUGUUUGAAGCCAUUCUAUGUUUGAAUUUGUCAACAUAUAUUUCUGACAAAAAAAUUAAAUGUCUUGACUGAAUUCAUAUUGCAAUAAAGCAUAAAUACUACAAACCGGAUUUGGUUGAAGUUGGGAACUUGUGUAAAAUGUAAAUAAAAACAAAAUACAACGA